AUGGCAUCUUGCUCUCACGUUCCGUUUCCCGACAAGUUGGACCUCUCUGAUGAUAGAAGUCGCGCUGCUGACUGGGAACUUUUUGAACAGGUAUGGACAAACUAUGAAAUAUCUUCAGGUCUUCUCGAGAAAGACAAGAAACUACGUACUGCCACUCUACUCACAUGUUUCUCUAAGUCGGCACUCCAAGCAUUCAACUCGCUCAGUUUUGACAGUGAAGGUGACAAACAAGAUAUCGAAAUCGUUAUGGACAAAAUGCGUGUAUUGUGCGUCGGUCAGACAAAUGAGACUUACGAACGUUAUCUAUUUAAUAUGCGUGUCCAGAAACCUGAUGAGAAUUUCGACCAUUUCUAUGCAGCAGUGUUGAAAAUUGCCUCAAAUUGCAAUUUUGGAAAUCUACAUGAUUCUCUGAUUAGAGACCGUCUAAUAGUUGGUGUUACUGAUCAAGCUACUCGGAAAAAACUACUGUAUGAACGGGAGCUAACUCUCAAGAAGACACUUGAAAUUUGUCGCACGUAUGAAAUCACUACUGCUCGUUUACAAUCUAUGGAUAAAGAUAUGUCACAUGGUACAGAUGCAGUUGUUGGUUCUGUUAAUAAAAGUAAUAACCCUGCUAAGAAAAAGUACCAGAAACGUAAUUUCACUGCACAGUCUACUUUUCAGAGCACUCAGAACAGGGUCAAAGGUCACACAUCCAGUGACAGUGCUUGCUCCUAUUGUGGUAGAGGGACUCAUGACCGUAAAAGGUGCCCAGCUCGAAAUGCAGACUGUAGAAAGUGUGGAACACGUGGUCAUUAUGCUGCUGUGUGUAGAUCAUCGCAGACUAGCAAAUCAAAAGUUACCAAUGUACAUGGUAUAACACAAGAUGACAAACCUGAAGCAUUUCUAGGGUUUAUUGGUCAAGGUGGACAGUCAGGGUAUGUGAAUCUCAGUGUAGACGGUACCACUCUCAGAUUUCAUGUUGACACAGGUGCAGACGUUAAUGUUAUUUCUAGCGAUGUUUAUGAAAAACAUUUCAGAGACAAAAUCCUCACACCCCUACAACGUGUACUUAGAGGGCCUGAUAGGAAACUACUAUCUACACUAGGGUCAUUUCAAGCAAACAUUGAAAGUCAAAAUAAUCAUACACAGGCCGAAGUAUGCGUCAUCGCUGGCAAUGGGUUAUCACUACUGGGACGAGACACCAGUUGCAAUCUCGAACUUGUAUCCUUCAAUGUGGGUAGUAUCGAGGAUUACCCCCAACUGUUUAAAGGUUUAGGUGAAAUGCCCCAUCCAUAUAAGCUCCAGUUAAAGGACAAUGCGAAACCGUACUCAGUUCCAAUACCUCGCCGUAUUGCUAUACCACUCUUGCCAAGAGUCAAGGAUGAACUUGAGAGACUAGAAUCGCUCAACGUCAUACGUAAAGUCACCGAACCGACUGACUGGUGCGCUCCAAUCGUCGUUGUUCCAAAGAAAGAUGGAAGUGUUCGGAUUUGUUGUGAUUUCACUAAAUUAAAUGAAUCAGUGAAACGCGAAUGA